AUGAAACAGAAGUUUUCUGGAACAUCAUCAGCGGGUUUUAGGAAGCAGGUAUGGUGGGGUUUUCAUUCUUGGUCAUUGGUGGAUGAAGAUACAUAUAUACAGUUGGACAUCGAUCUCAUCAUGGGUGCAAUCAUGGAGCUUUCUUUGGAGUUAAUAGAAAUGAGUCUCCUUAUCAUGGAGGUUGUCUCGGAUGUUCGAGACAUUAGGGAAGGUUGUCCCUACUGCGGUACAGCUUUGAAGUGA